ACCUAAUAUAAUUUAUUAUUAAAUCGAAAUACUAUUGUUUGUCUUGAAUAAAAUUCUUUUUUUUUUAUAAUCUCCUGCCAUAUAUGUUAUUUGGAACAAAGGGGAGGCAUUAGUGUAAAUUCGUGUACGCCCAUUAUAACAAAUAAGAACUUAUUGUUAACUUUUACAAUGUCAGUUUCUGAUACCACUGUUAUUUUUGCUAAACUGGAGGCUCUUAAAGAAAUCAGAGCUAAAACUGUACAACUGGAAAAACUAAAGCAAAGAAUCUUGCAAGAAGUCGAACAAACAGAGCAUGAGGAAAAAUGUUUAUUAGAAUAUAAACAAGAAAUGGAUUUACUUAUGCAAGAAAAAAUGGCACAUGUUGAGGAAUUGCGCCAAAUACACGCAGACAUUAAUGUGAUGGAAUCAGUGAUACACCAAGCAGAAAAAGCAAGAAACAGAUCACGGGAAACUGCCAAACUUAUACAUAAUAGUAAUUAUCAACCGUUAAAACAUGAUAUCGAUAGAAUGCGUAGAGAAGUAUUAGGUUUAGAAAGAUUACCAGAAUUAUAUGAAACAGAGUCGGAUCUUAUUUCUCCUGAACGGUUUAUUUCCAGUUAUUUUGAAAGACCGAUGCAAAAAGCAGAAUGGAGAGUAGAAGUUCGUGGCGAAGAUUUAUUACCUCCACACAGUUUACAUCAUCCUGGGCAUCCAGGUGGUUCAGCUUCCUUUCUUGCUCCUCAGCCUCUUCAAGGACCUAGUAAGCCAGAGCCUAGACCAUUGCCCCCUGCUCCUGGCCCACCUGCUCCAACAUUCAGGCAACAACCACCACCAAUGAAGUCAUGCCUCUCAUGUCAUCAACAAAUCCAUAGAAAUGCACCGAUCUGUCCUCUUUGUAAAGCUAAAUCUCGAUCACGUAAUCCGAAAAAACCAAAGAAGAAAGAUUAAUUAUAGUUGUAUAUUUUAUUUAUAAGAUGCAUGUGUGCUUUAAUUUUUUACUUUUUAAAAAUAAAUGGAUUAGAAAGUGUCAUAAAUCUGAUAUGAUUAAUAUAAUUUUAUUUUAUCUCGAAAUCAAAUGUCAUUGAUAUAUCGAAAUUUGUUUGAAAAUAUUUUAUAAUAUUCUAUUGUUCAUUUUAUAAUGUUGUUAAAAAACCAAUAGAUAUAUCAUAAAAUCUUAUAAUUAUAUAAAUUAAAUAAU